AUGAAGUCUCUUUCACUAUUCCUACAUCUCUCCUCGGCUCUGGGGUCUACAACCCCCAGUCUCAAUCAGCGAAGCAGAAACGACUCCUGUGCUGCCGUUAGCACCGUCCAUUUACAAACCGGUGCAAAAUGUGCCUGCAGCAAGCUUGCUACAUCCUACCCAGACUUCAUGAUCUUCCCUGGGUCAGCCAACUACACCACGCAGGUCACAGACUACUGGGAUGUCCGAGCCGACCUUGACCCGGCGUGCAUCUUCCUCCCCACCUCAGCAGACCAAGUGGCAGAUGCAGUCUCCGUGUUCACCACUUGCCAGGCCCAAUUUGCCGUUCGAGGAGGCGGACACAUGAACUACCCCGGAUCCAACAACAUCAAUGGUGGUGUCCUCCUCGCCUUCAACCACAUGACCGACUACCAAGUCCACAACGACACCAUCGACGUCACCCCCGGAAUGACCUGGUACAACGUCUACUCAGCCCUGGAGCCAUACGGCCGCGCAGCCAUCGGCGGUCGACUCAAGACCAUCGGCGUCCCAGGCCUUACGCUCAUCGGCGGCGUCUCCUACUUCAUCAACAAAUACGGCUUCGCCAUGGACAACGUCGUCAGCUACGACGUGGUUCUGGGAAACGGAACCCAAGUCAUCGCCAACGCCACCUCCAACCCAGACCUCUUCUGGGCCUUGAAAGGCGGCGCGAACAACUUCGGCACCGUCACCAAAUUCACCCUGAAAACCUACUCCAUGCCACACAUCAGCACCACGAUCCAACAAUUCAACGAAUCAGCCGUCUACGACUUUAUCACAGCGACCUGCAAUCUGGUCCUAGCGGACAGUGAGACCACCGUCGCGGGGGGUUCAGUCCUGGAUAUCACCUACAAUGUCACGACAGGGGAUGUCGCACCUUUACUACUCGGCGUUCAGGAAGGAAUCAGCAAUCCCCCAUCCAUGUUCACUAAUUUCACGGCUAUACCGGGAGUAAGCAAGACCAACAACGUCACGACCUCCAAGCAAUGGGCUUCGAAUCUGGAUUCUCCGAAGCAAAUGUUCCGUGUUCUAUUCGGCAUGCACGCAAUGUACCCCGACCCAAAUGUCCUCUACACCAUGUACCAGACCUGGAAAUCUGCAAUAGACACCAUCGCCGACGUAGAAGGUCUUUAUCCCACCUUCGUCUUGAACAUUUCCCCCGCAAGUGCUGCCCGAGUAGCACAGACAAACGGAAUCGGUAAUGUCUGGGGUCUUGAUGAUGAACCGUUGAUUUGGUGGCAAUUCAGCACCGGCUGGGCCAACGCCGAGGAUGAUCUCCGCGUCGAGGCAUGCAUCCAUCAGCUCACCGAACACCUCCACGGCAUCAAUAAGCAGAACGGGCUUGCAAGAGACUUCAUCUACAUGGGCGAUGCGGGAGAAUGGCAGGAUCCGUUUGCUGGGUUCCCUGCUGAGAAUGUCCAGCGCAUGAGGGAGAUUCGGGGGAAGUAUGAUCCGUUGGGGACGUUUUCGAGGUUGAAUUGGGGUGGAUUCAAGUUGGGUGUUUAG